CAAGUACAUGGACAGAGUCGACAGACCGAGCAAAGAAUAGGCAGAUUCCGAAUCAUCAUCGCACCCGAUGGAAUCACACGAACUCUUAGUCUUAGAUUCCCGGCAAAGGUAACCGCAGCCUGUCAGGACGGGAACCAUAAUGCUUCUUCAGCAGCAGAAAACAGAGCAGUGGACUAGUCUCCCGUUUGAACACAUUCUCUAGUGGGUUCUCUGGCUUCAGUGCAGAUUUCACCUGUUUCUUCACAGAGACGACAACCUCAGGAUUUGGAAAGAUGAGCUUGAUCGGAAAAAGACAGGCUCAUCUCAACAACGUGACAAUGCUUUCUCGCCGCAAAGGAAACCUCAAUUCUCCGAAUGACUUCUGAAGAACCAAAUCCUCAUACAUCGAUCCAACGGUCAAAAAAUUCGUUUUCUCGGAGAUUCAGUUCCUCAAAUCUGAAAAGGGUUUGUGUUUUCUCUUAUUGGGUUUCUCAAUGGACCAUCCCACGGUUCAGAGAUUACCCAGCGAGUCGUCGGAGCUGAAUCUUACUCCGACGAGGUCCGACGAGGAGCUGGCCCGUUUGCGCAACACCGAGCGCCUUGUCAACCCGAACCACGGCCGAGCGCCGUCAAGGAUCUUAUCCGACAGGUUCAUCCCGUCCAGGACGGGUUCGAACUUCGCUCUCUUCCACCUCAGUCCAGAGCGUCCCGAGGACAGCGUCUAUUCCAGGCGACUUCGCCGUGCGCUUUUCCCACCGGCCACGCCCGAGAACGGAAGCGAUUCGAUGAACCCACCAAACCGCAAUAUCUUCCGGUAUCAGACCGUGACUCGCCGGCCCUUGCACUCCGUUUCUCUACCGGAGUCUUACGAUGACGAUGCCGAGGUUAAUCAUUUCCCGCUAAACGCUUCCCGGAAGAUUCCAAAGUCUCCUUAUAAGAUUUUGGAUGCGCCGGGAUUGCAAGACGAUUUUCAUCUCAAUCUAGUGGAUUGGUCCAAGCAUAACGUGUUGGCGGUUGGUUUGGGAAAUUGUGUCUACUUGUGGAAUGCAAAUAGUGACGGGGUAACCAAGUUAUGUGACUUGGGAAUUCAUGACACUGUCUGUUCGGUAGGGUGGUCUCGGCACGGUACACGUCUUGCUGUUGGAACUAACAAUGGAAAAGUGCAGAUUUGGGAUGCAUCUUGCUGUAAGAAGGUAAGAACUAUGAAGGGUCAUCGGUUACGUGUUGGGGCCUUAGCCUGGAGUUCAACUCUUUUGUCUUCUGGUAGCCGGGACAAGAGUAUUUUCCAACGAGAUAUUCGUGCUCAACACGAUUAUGUUAGUGAACUCUGUGGACACAACUCAGAGGUUUGUGGACUGAAGUGGUCUUAUGAUAAUCGUCAAUUAGCAUCUGGCGGCAAUGAUAAUAGACUUUUUGUUUGGAAUCAAAAUUCAACUCAUCCAAUGCUUAGGUCCUCUGAGCAUACCGCGGCAGUAAAAGCUAUUGCAUGGUCUCCCCAUGUUCAUGGACUUCUUGCAUCUGGGGGAGGAACUGCAGACGAAUGUAUUCGUUUCUGGAGUACAACCACAAACUCACACUCGAGCUUGAGCUGCAUUGAUACUGGAAGUUCGGUAUGCAAUCUUGUGUGGUCCAAGAAUGUCAAUGAACUUGUCAGCACCCAUGGAUACCUUCAAAACGAGAUAAUAGUUUGGAGAUAUCCUGCCAUGUCAAAGUUGGCAACGCUUAAAGGCCAUACAGAUGAAGUUCUCUAUCUUGCCAUAUCACCUGAUGGACAGACAAUUGUCACGGGAGCUGCAAACGAAAUACUUAGGUUUUGGAAUGUGUUCCCUCCCUCUAUAUCACAGAGCAGGGCCACAGAGAUUGUUGAACCUUUUGGAAGAACUACGAUCCGUUAACUAUUGCAGACAGUUUUGCUUAUUGACUGCUCUCAAGUAAAAUAAAAAAGAAAAAUAAAAAUAAAAAAGACAGCUCUCAUGUGGGUCUGCUUGAUCCAAGGGAAAAGAAUUUGCAAGACCUAACAGUGCUCCUAAGAUAUGGAGUGAUGGAACGUCUCUAGUUUCUGACAACCUGAGUAUUUUGUACAUUGUCUUUUACCUACAAAAUACUUUGAGAAAUAUAUUAAAAAUAAUGUUAAAAAUUACAUUAUUAUUUUCAUCCUGUGAUGUAGCAGUGCUAAUCAAUCCUUUUUUUAAAAAAAAAUUGAUUGGCCGCAUGAGCAGGGUGAGAUAAAAGUGUACAUCUUUCUUUUCACUUCAACAGGUUUUUGUAUGUAGACAUGAGCUGCUAAAUAUUUUAAGAGGGUACUUGUUAUGUAUGAGAAGGAAGAAUACUUUUUGUUUUUUC